AUGUCACAAUAUACAUAUAAUCAAUUUGAACGCAUGACCACUGAAGAAAAAGAUAGAUAUUGCGACUCAAACAAUGAAAUUAUAACGGAAAAGAUUCGACAACAUGGUGCACUCAAUGAAGCAGUCGAAAGAAACCUACAACAAAAAAGAAAUUCAUAUUCAAGUAACAGAAAUAACUCAUUCAAAAGGCAGCUUACUUCAACAAGUCAAUAUGAUGAAGAAAUUAAUAAUGAAAGUGAUAAUUACUACGGUAAUGACGAUCAAUUUACUACUGUUAAUAACAGAUAUAAUAAAAAGAAACAACGAAUAAAUGGAAAUAUCAACAUGGAUAAGCUGACUAUUGAUAACAAUAACUCGUCGACCGCAAAUACGCCAAAUGGACGUCUGUUCGUGAAUAGAAGUAACAGAACGAACAAAAGCAAUAAUGAUGAAAUUAUAUUUGUUGGUCCAACACUUUCACGGAAUAAAACAAAUAAUUAUAAAAAGAUUAAUAAAAAAAAUAACAAUGAAUUAAUAGAAGAUAUGAAUGAAUCAGUAGAUGAUUAUAAUACACCUGAUUUACAUAUAAUAGAAAAGAAAAGCGAAAAUCAGAGAGUGAAUGAUACACAAGGUGAAGCGGUUCGAAUCUCCCAACAAGCACUACACUAUGCUGUUGAAAAUCAUCUACCUCCACUAAAAUUCAUCUGUGAACCUAAAAUCACUCAGAUGAACAUUGGAAAAGAAAUAAUCAAAACAUUAUUGACAACUAUUGAUAAAGAUUUUCGUCGUAUUAAUAAACAUUAUGAACAUCCUUUGGGCUUUGAUCAUUGGCACGUUGAUAAAAAUGGCGAUUUAUUAUGUUUCACUCGACAUAUUGAACUUUUUGUUUUCUUAUGUAAUAACCAAAAUUAUCCUAAUUCACUAUACAAUACAAUUGUGCAUGUCACAAAACCGAAACAUCUACCUGCUCAACACUCAAUUGUACUAAAAUACGUUCCAAAUUACAUUUGUCACGAUGAUAUAAAAAAUGAAAUUGGAAAUAUUGCAAAUUCAAUCUUUAAUAUAGAAGAUAUGAGAGGAACAAUGUCUGAAAGAUCUCGACACAUACGUAUUGAACUAGCGUCAAUCAAUGAAUAUAAUCAACUUCUCAAAAGUGGAAGUAUUCUAAUUGAUGGUCAAGUAAUUGAAACUCAAGAAUUCCUGGCUGCUCCUCGAGUAUUAAUAUGUUCAAAAUGUAACGAUCCGGGACAUGUAAGAAGAAACUGUACUUUUCAAUAUGAUGCUUGCCGCAGGUGUGGAAAUGAUCGUACAACUGGAAAUCAUAAAGAAUGCGAGAUAAAAUGUCACCGAUGUCUACAAAACCACCUCUCUACUGACUACCAAUGUCCUUUUCUAGUUGAUUAUCGUCGAUCAAUUCUUUGUAAACUCAAAGAACAACCGAAUCUUCUACCUCCUAAUCUAAAAUUAUUUAUACCAUUGGAGUAUCGUGAUCGAAAUAAUAAGAACAAUCGGACCUUAUUCAAUCCUAUACAUAAAAACAUUGCCACACAUAUAAAUAUGAACAACGCAUUACCAUUUAAUUUAUCAUCACACGAAUGGCCAACAAUAAAUAAAACCAAUAAUGCCAUAGAUAUUCACCAAUGUAAUAAUCAAUCGAUAUGGGAGGAUCUAAGGAAAAAACAAGAUGAAAUCAAUAACUUAAAAGUAGAAUUAAAUGUAAAAAUGCAAACAAUACAAUCCAGAUACGAUGAUCACAUGAAGAAAAUGGGAUCAAUUCUUAUAAUUAUGUCUCAACAAACGAAAAAUCAAAAUGAGAAUAUUGAAAGAUGUUAUACAACAAUUAAUGAAGUAUUACCUGUAUUAUCUUCCACACUUGAAGUUGUUCAACGUCUUAUAUCAAAAAACGCAGAAAUAACUUUAUCACAACAAUGUAUAUAUAUAGGAGCUAUUUAUGUUCCUCCAGGAACCAUACCACCAUUCCAGCUGUUGUCGAAACACACAGAUAAGAAUUUUUUUAUUUUUGGAGAUUACAAUGCUAAACACUCCGAUUGGAGCUGUAAAAGAAAUAAUCAAAGUGGUACACACAUGCAUGAUUGGUUAGAAAGUAAAACUAUGAAAUGUUGGUUUAACAUAUUUCCAAAUAUUGUGACCUUCAUCCAUCCAUGCUAGUUUUCUUUCUCUCUGACUAUAUAGAUAAUGAGU